AACAAGGGUCUCUGAGUGGGGAAAAUAAACAAAAAGUGAAAAAGAGCAAGGUUCUGAGAGAUAACAGGAGAGAGCAGAGGCACAAGGAGGGCAGAAGAGUCAUUUGCCAAUAGAUUGCUUGCCACACUAUUGUAUUCGUCGUGGAGAGACCAUCAUAGACAUGUACAACCCUGCGUGGCGUUUUUUCCUCUACCUAUAUGGCCUGGCUAUCGACUCUCUCACCGUCUGUGACAGCAGUGACCAGCUCUCCGCUGCACACAUCAAUAGGACACAGUUCCCGUUGCAGUACAUGGGGAGGUGGCACUUCUUGGCUGCGGCAGCACAUCAUGGAAGCCAGGACCUGGAGAUCUUCAAGGUUAUGGAUAACGCCCGAUUCAACGUCCAGGAAAGCACAGAGAGAGAGAAACUGGAGUUCACUGCAUCCAUCAGAGUUAUGGAUGGGUCGUGUGUUCCGCGGUUGUGGGUUUAUCUGCUAAAUGAGGGCAGCACAGAACUCCGGACAAAAGGACAUCCAGACAGACUGACCGAGCUGUUUUCAUGUCAUUGUCCCGAUUGCAUCAUCCUGAAGGAAACCGAUAACAGCACCAACAGACUUCUCCUCUACUCUCGCACUCCGCAGUUAGAAGAAGACUGCAUGGAUGAGUUCAAGCGCAAAUCUGAUUGUGAAGGCUACAAAAACAUUCUAUUGAUUCCUCAGACUCUAGAAUACUGUCAUCUGAAUGAAUGAGCUUACAGCUUCAAUAUACUGUAUGGUUAUAUUUUGGAAGAACCGAAACAAUAAACUGACUGAAUGUAAAUCUA